CAAUGACGUAUGUUUAAGAGGAUAUAAUGAAGUUAUGAUGAUAAUGAUAAAAUAUUUCUAAACAACGAAUGUGAUUGAUUGCUAUGUCAUCUUUGAGAUGACAUAACAUCAUUAGCAGUGUCAUUUUGGUUUAAACUGUCAUUUUAUUGCCGUUCAUUUUUCUUUUCUUUUGUUUGGAACAAUCAACUAAUGAUGUUAUUAGGAAAUAAAGAUGCAUUCAAAUUAACCCGCACCGGAGGUUAAUAAAAAAUUUGAAGAUAAAUGAUGCAUUAAGCAUAUCAACAAAGUAAAGGCUAGCUUAAGUAUUACUUUCAAACAACUGUUAUGUAGAAUUUAUUUAAAAAAAAUAGUUUUUCUUGUUUUUUUUGCUUGAUAAGACGUAUGUGGAUGCUUGUUUCAAUAAAGAUGAUAUUUUUUAUUCGUUUUAUUGCCUAAAUUUUUUUAUUGUCGUUCGUUGUAAAUGAACUUCAUCUUUGAUUUUAGAUGAGGAAAUAUAUGUGUCUUUUGAUUGCGCUUUUUGCAAUACUCUUCUUCCACGCGACAAAAAGUGAAUUCAUCCAGAAAAAACUUGAUUUCGCUGUACUGCUACCAAAUGACACAGUUGAUGGAGGGUGCAUACGUCAUGCUAUCGAGAUGGGGUUCGAAGAUGUUAACAAGAUGCCAGGUUUUAUCACUCUAAACGACACAUAUGAAUUCAAGCUUGUCCCUCGCACUGCAGUAGUCGAUGAAGAGCCUGGAAAUGCAAUCGAAGCUCUGUUUAACUUGUAUCACUCUGACGAAUAUCCUAGAAUUUUUGGAACAAUCGGCCCGCCAUAUAAAGACCAGACCGAAUUGUGUGUUGAGUAUUCCACGGUCAAUGCAAAUCUUCACAUUCCUUACACAGAAACAAACGAACCCAUGGAGCAGUAUUUUGUCUUCUUUUAUCAAUCAACACCAUCUAUUUUGGCGAAAUUUGAAACUGCACGAAGACUCACUGACAGAUACGAAUGGAAAAGAGUUGGUAUUCUUUUUGAUUACUCAGACAAACUGUAUAGAAAAAAUGCCGAUAAUCUUCGAGCUGAGUUGGUUAAAAAGAACGAGAAGAAUCAAACAGUAAACGUGAUCUCAGAUCACGGAAUAUGGAGCUCUCCACCAGAAUAUUCGGUUUCAAGAGAACUUAUUGCUUUGCAACUAAAAGGCACGCGAAUCAUAAUGGCUUUAACAUCUGUCCCUGGUGCAAGGAAGAUAUUUUGUGAGGCUUAUCAUCGACAAAUGUACUCACCAAAAGUCACGUGGAUUUUAUUUGAAACUCUUCCAUCUGAUUGGGCGUCGUCAAAAUAUGAUUCGAUUAUUGAUAAAAAAACCAAUAAAAAAACGCGUGAGAUCACCUGUAGCGAAGAAGAGUUGCUAAUAGCCGCAAAUGGUUAUAUCUCUAUUACAAAACAAAAAGUUCGGAGAGAUAAAAAGAAGACAAUAAACAAUAUGACAGCUGAUGAUUUUGUUAAAAGAUUGAAAAGCAGGCUUGCACCGAACACGGAAUGUCCUGAACAUACCGCGUAUGCAUAUGAUGCUGUGUGGACUCAAGCUGUAACAUACCAACGGUUCUUUUUAAGGAGUGGCAGAGCUUUUUGGAAUUUUACUAGUGAAGACAUAGGACGUUACUAUGUGUUCGGAUUAUCACUUGUUAAAGAUAUUCAAAUGAUAACUUAUGAAGGAAUAACAGGCCGGGUGAGUUACGAACCAAGAGUAGCAGCCUUCAGCAGGGUAGGCCAAAUAUCUAUAUGGUCAAAUAAAAACACGACAGUAUAUGUUGGCACGGACGAUUCUGCUUCAAAAAAUCUCUCUAUGGUUCCAGAUGAGGUAAAGGUCCUAUUUAAAGAAGCUAAAGUACCACUUGAUGAAGCCAUUUACGUGAAAACGUACUCUGACAUUGCAAAACCUUUACUGAUUACCAUGUGGAUCAUUGCUUGUAUUGGUAUAUUGCUAGCCAUUUUAUUUUUGAUCGUUACGCUGAUAUUCACUCAAGAUAAAAACAUUUCCAUGCAAUCUCCUGCAAUCAACUGUGUGAUUAUAUUUGGCAGUGUACUAUGUUAUUCAUCUGUUAUCAUUUAUGGACUCGACACUCGCUUCACGUCGAAAGAAAACACACAUUACAUCUGUUGGUCCUUCUUAUUUACAUUAUCAACUGGUUUUACAUUGACGUUUGGAUCAUUGUUUGCCAAAGCAUGGCAACUCUACAAGUUAUAUAUGACACCAGAAGUAAAAGUCGAGAACAAUCAAAUACAUAUGAAAAAAAUUCCGGAAUGGUCCUUACUUGUUAUAAUUGGUAUUUUCCUUCUGUUUGAUGCCAUCAUUCUAAGUACAUGGGGCAUCAUCUCACCGUUUGACUACGAGACUCGCAAUGUCACAAACAAAGAAAAUUUAUUUGCAGAUAAAAUCGAGAUUGAGCAGAUUGUGGGUUGUUCAUGUGAAUACGAAACUGAAUUCACCAUUGGAAUGUAUUGUUACAAAGGUGUCAUAUUGAUCUUUGGAAUAUUUCUUGCAUGGCAAACAAGAAAUGCAAAAAUAAAAAUGCAAAACGAAUCAAAACAAAUCGCAAUGGCGAUUUACAAUGUUGUUGCUGUUUCAGUUAUUGGUGUAAUCUGUGUGUCAGUAUUAGCAAACACCACUCGUCAUCAUGCAACAUAUGCUAUUGUGGCUGUCUGCAUCUGUAUAUGUACCACUACAACACUCCUGUUGGUGUUUUGUCCCCAGAUUAGCAAAAUCAUCAACGCGGAUAGUAUUUCAAUCAAUUCGAGUAAAAGUGGUAGAAGCUCGCCAAAUGGUCUUUCAUAUGAAGAUAAAUACAACGUCGCAUGUCCACGAAAAAGCAUUGAAAAAGAGGGGGGAGAUAUAAAGCCAGCAUUAUCCACUGGUACACUCAACACACAACUUUCAACUGAACAAACACAUCAAAGCAGUUGCGGAUCAGUGGAAAAUGCAGCUGGCUCCCCCUUUACUGGUAACAGUAUUCUUUCAUUUAAUGCCAGCUACCUCUCGAAUUCUGUGUUUAUGACACCACCAGCGUAUGAAACGUGCGAGGAACCAAGAAGAAGAGUUGACUCAAUGGGGAGAUUGAGUUCUGGCAUUUAUGUUGGAACCAUCGAAGAAGAAACAGAUGCUGAGGGAAAACGAAUUGAGACAUCCACAGAAGAAAAUCAACUUUAAAAGGAAAAAAUGUCUGGUCUUACAUUGAUCAACUUGUAUUGUACAUAAAUUAAUGCCUGUAUACGAGCAUCUACUGGACAGUUCGCUCAAAAUAAAUUUUAUAAAUUAGAAAAAAUAUGUUUUUUAAUAUAAGGAAAAGCACAUGGCGUUGUGGUAUAAUGUUGCUAUUCUUGUAUAAAAGUCGUUUAGUUUUCGUCGUAGAGGCGUUCAUCAACCGGAUAACGGGAAAUGAUCAUCAAUUAUUUGAAUCAAAUGUGUUAUUUGCUAUAAUUAAAUGUCUCUAAAGGAUUUCCUAAACUCGAAUUGCUAGCUCUGUUGUUAGAAAUUUCCCAAUUUUCAAAAUUCUUUGACAAAUGUAUAGGAUUGCAAGCGAUAAUAUCUGC